GUGCGUGCAUGCAUGACGCGAUCCGGAACAUCUUGAGCAAUAGCAGUGUUUCAUGGUCUUUAAGAUCUGCUGGAGCUUGCGACCACGCGAUAGCUGCGGUUACCAGGACGCAGUUUCGACGGACGCCGAUGCCGCACCGGAGGAUCCGGUUCGGGCCGAGCAGAGUCGGCUUGAAGAUCCGCAGCAGAACGCGGCUGACUCUGUCUGCUGUGUAUCGGGGGAAGCAAAGCGCGUGAGCAUCACGAGGCGUUUCUUGACAGAUAAAGAUGAUGGUGGAGGAGUUCGUGACUUACGACGGAGUUGCAUCACGUUGGCCGCGCCGAGAAGUCGAAGUGCUUCGCAAUCGUCCUCCAAUUAGCGCUCCGAAGCUUUCCGAGUUAGCAACUUUUCUUCACGGAAGAUAGGAUUUGCGGGAGAAGGUAUUAAAUAUCGUCGAAAGUGUGAAACAUACCGGGCUCAUUUCGCGUCUUGUACCUCGAGCUUUGCGAAAAAGCGCGGAAAAAUUUCUUUGUCGUCGCCAUAAUGGAAAACGUGUCUUUUACACAAGGAAACAUCAGAAACGCGCGCCGUCCUUAAAUCCUUCUUAGGUCAUUAAUGUCCUUUCCAAGUAACUCCAUUUUGUCACUCUUUCGCGCGGUUGAACUUUUCCCGGUCGGUGACCAAUAUGACACUUACAUACACGUUAAAAAAGAAAAAGGAGGAAAUUGCACGGCAUUAAACGGUGUUCGUGAGUAACACCGGGCUAUAUUUCACGAACGCGAAUUUGGAUAUUGACGUAUCGCGUUUCUUUAUCGCGCGAGCAAACGUGCAAAUCGCCCUGACACGCGCGUGAAACACGAGAGACAAAUGCGGACGAAUGACAAAUGAUGAUGAAAUAUACGCGCGUGGAACGACACGCGAAUCUCGCGGAGUUGAAAAUUUAAACUUUGCGACGUGCGGAGCUUGUAAAUUCGUAGCUUGUAAAUCGAACGAGUAUAAUCGUUAUAAUGCAGCUAUUCGUUUUCGCGUGCUGCCGCACGGAGCACGAGAAAUACGGUGACAUAUUCCUGGUAAGAAUCCAUUCGGUGGAACAUGGGGGGACCUUUUUCACUCGGUAUAUGGUAGUAAUUCCUUAUCUGCACCUACUACGUAGGUCGCGUACUCACGAUAUCUACGCGGGGGAGGCGGGGGAAAGUCGCCGCGGACAUUGUGAUCGCGAUUUAUAUAGAUUCUAUCGAUUCGAUUCCCAGGCGGUUCAAAAUUAUUCAAGUCGGCGAGUGCUUAUAAAGUGCCAUUGACAACGGUCUGUGAAGCGGAAUAUAUCGGUUAACCCGCCACAUCGGAUGCGAACGUACAUAAUGGCGUAUCUGCAUUUGCGAACCUGCAUGAAUCUCGGCGAUAAUUUCAACGAUUCUCGUUUCAGUCUAUCGAGCGAGAGAGAGAGAGAGAGAGAGAGAGAGAGAGAGAGAGAGAGAGAGAGAGAGAGAGAGAUGCCGCAACAUUGUAUCUCGCAAACGCGUCUUCCAUCUCCGCGCGAUAUUUCCGUAGGUAAGCGCGCUUUACGCCCUCGGGAUAAUCUUCAGUGUCUCUUCUCGUUGGUAUGUUUUCAUCUGCAUUCGCUUAAAGUGCGGAUUGUGUUAAAUUGAAGCCGUCGAAAGCAGACGUACGAGGAAAAUUUGGAAAUUUCAGUUACGACUCAUCCCUAUCAAACUAUACGGACGGGCGGGUAUUUUCGAGUCACAAAAGAACCGCCGUGAAUUGCAUUUGCGAUAAAAAUUGCACGCGAUCGUUAUGCAUUCGCAUUUGCGACGCAUUAUCUCCGGGAAUAUAUUCACGUCGGCAUAAGCCUCCGCGCUCGAAUUUUUGCGUAACAUCGUGUUUUCGUGCAUCGACACAAUUUCGGAUUCGGUUCUGUCGACGGGAUCGUGGUGUUCCUCUCGCCCGAGGAUUACCAGGCGCCAAUAAAGUAUCGCGCUUUUGCCUUCGUUAGACACUCUUUGCGGACGCGACGCGGCGCGAGGCGAAGGAUCAGAAGGAGAACGUGGAAAUGGCGCGAGAUACUCAAGACUUCAGCCGCGGUGCUGAUGUCGCCGAGCUGAGAUUUAUCGGUUUCCUGAAUCAUGGCGACGUGGCUGUCGAAGGCAGUCUAAUUGAUUUUUCCGCCCUCGCUCCUUACUACUUCACCUCAUCCCACCACCUCUUCAACCAUCCUUCGCGCCACGUUCCGGAGAAUUUUAUAGCUCGAUGUGAAACUUGCCGCUCGGCGCGCCGUGUAACCCUUUUGGGAAAAUCACGCCGCUGGAAAUUCAGUCGACCGAACAAAGACGCCACACCGUCUCUCUCUCUCUC